AUGGAGGGGAUGUCCAUGAGGGGGGAGGGCAGUAGUUCCACGGUUGCUGCCACACCACGGUGGGUUGUUGUGGUUGCGGCUGGUGGUUUCCGCGGCCACCACCACCGCCACCGCGACCCUUUCCGCCGCCGUUACCAUGAUACUUACCUUUGCCACGACCCUUCCCUUUAUAUUAUUAAGCGUGCAGGCAUGGCUUCUUGCAAGCCCUCUUCCACUCCCGUAGACACUAAGGCGAAUCUAGGCGCCUCUGCGGGUCCCCCUACUGAUGACCCUUCUCACUAUCGCAGUCUUGCAGGUGCACUUCAGUAUCUCACUUUCACACGGCCAGACAUCUCCUACGCCGUUCAGCAAGUCUUCCUAUUCAUGCAUGAUCCUCGCCAAGAGAAUAUGCAUGCCCUCAAGCGUAUAAUUCGCUACAUCCAAGGUACUCUAGAUCUUGGUUUGCACCUUUAUCCAUCAUCCGUUUCUACUCUUACAUCAUAUACAGAUGCGGACUGGGGAGGAUGCCCAGAUACGAGACGCUCGACGUCCGGCUACUGUGUCUUCUUAGGGGACAACCUAAUUUCUUGGUCUUCCAAACGUCAAGCUACACUCUCCCGCUUUAGUGCAGAAACCGAAUACAGGGGUGUUGCUAAUGUCGUUUCAGAAUCUUGUUGGAUUCGAAAUUUGCUAUUAGAACUUCUAUGCCCGGUAAGCAAAGCUACUUUGGUCUAUUGUGACAAUGUUAGUGAUAUAUAUCUCUCUGGAAAUCCGGUUCAACAUCAGCGCACUAAACAUAUUGAAAUGGACAUUCACUUUGUACGCGAGAAAGUUGCUAAAGGACAAGUCCGUGUCCUACAUGUCCCUUCCCGCUAUCAAAUCGCCGACAUUUUUACGAAAGGGCUUCCGCUAGUACUCUUUAAUGAUUUUCGGGACAGUCUCAGCGUACGGCGUCCUCCCGCUUCAACUGCAGGGGUGUGUUAG